AUGGAACGAUUCACUCCAUUUCCCGCCAUCGACGGCCCUGCCGGCCAGUCUGGCAACGAUGCUGUGCGCGCUAUUCUCUCAUGGCCAGUGCAUACGGCGCACCUGCCCUUGGAGCUAUUAGCUCUGUCCUGGGCUGUGCUGCUACGAGCCUUCACGACCGAAGAAUCUCCGGUCUUCCUGCUCAACGGCCAGCCAAUCAAAGCCGACUUAUUUACUCGUAUAAUCCAGCCUGCGACACUGGAUGCGCGCGCCGAACUUUCUGCAAAGCACACCGCCGUGCGCUUGAUAGAUGAGCGCGAGGAGACCGGGUUCUCCCAGCCAGAGCGCGAGACUAGCUACAGCCACGCUUCCCCCUGUUCUUUGACGUGGACUUUCAACCGCAACACCCAAACGAGCACGUUGCAUUCUUCGACUGGCAUGGACGCAGCCUUCGUGCAGCAGCUGGGCUGCCAGCUGGAGCACAUCGUGCAAGACCAGGCGGCUCUCUCGGGCAUGCAGGUGAAAAUGCCCGUCUCGACCGAGGAGGUCCCUGAGAUGUCGACGUCGACGUCUAUGUCCAUGUCAAUUUCAAAUCCAUCCCCUUGCAUCUUACCAGGCCCACAGCUGCUGCAUGAGCUGGCGCUGAGCGGUGCCCAUGACGGCAACCCUGCGAUCGAGUUCUUGACCGCUGAUGGAGACGUUCGCUGUUUGUCGUACCUCGCCUUGGACCGGGUCUCGUCGCGGAUAGCGGCGCAAAUCACGGCUGCCUCAGUGCCGAGGAGAAAGGAGGCGCUGAAGAUGGUAGUCCCCGUGCUUCUGCCCCAGUCCUUGGAAUUGUACAUUACACAGCUGGCUAUCCUCAAGGCGGGUGGUGCUUUUUGCCCUUUGAACAUCGACGCACCAUCGGAUCGGAUAGAGUUUAUCCUGCAGGAUGUUGCUGCCUCGGUGCUGAUUACACAAAGACCCCUCGCAGCAAGGGUACCCCAGACGGAACAUCUGGCGGUCAUCACGGUAGACGAAUUAGAUUUGGAGACGGAGACGGAGAUGGGGAAUUUGGAUGUGAAAACCGCGGAGUGGACCCUGAAAGCUGCACCCACUGAUCUCGCCUAUGUGAUGUAUACAUCCGGUUCAACAGGGCGACCCAAAGGCGUAGGCAUUUCCCACCUGGCCGCCACGCAGUCGUUGCUCGCGCAUAAUGACUUGAUACCCCACUUCACUCGAUUUUUACAAUUCGCCUCGCCGACCUUCGAUGUCUCCGUUUUCGAGAUCUUCUUCCCCCUCUUUCGCGGGGCCACCCUCAUCGGCUCCGAGCGCGAGCAGAUGCUCCUUGAUAUCUCCCAUGUGAUGACUGAGAUGCGCGUCGACGCGGCCGAGCUGACACCCACUGUGGCCGGGGAAUUGCUGCGUUCCCGGGCCGCGGCGCCCUGUCUGCGCGUGCUCCUCACCAUCGGCGAGAUGCUCACCAGGCAUGUGGUGGAUGAGUUUGGGCAGUCCGGGCACGCGGACGGCAUUCUUCAUGGCAUGUACGGGCCGACAGAAGCGGCGAUCCAUUGCACGGCUGCGACGCACUUCCAGUCUCAUGAUCGGGUGAAUUUGAUUGGCAAGCCAUUCAAAACGGUGUCGGCUUUUAUUAUGUCCUUGGAAACCAAUGACAAGGAUGCAUCUUCUUCCUCUGGUGAGCUUCAGCCCCUGCCACUCGGCCAGAUUGGCGAGCUGGUCGUGGGUGGGCCGCAGUUAGCGGACGGGUAUAUCAACAGACCCGAGGAGAAUGCCAAGGCGUUUAUCGAGAGUCCCGUAUACGGUCGACUCUACCGGACGGGUGACAAAGCUCGGAUGCUGCCGUCGGGGGAGAUAGAAUGCUUUGGACGGAUCUCUAGUGGUCAGGUGAAGCUCCGUGGCCAACGAAUAGAACUGGGCGAGAUCGAGCAUGCCAUUUGCCGCGCGCCGGAUGUGCGCAGCGCAGUGGCCAUAGUGAGUGGUGGCAGCCUGGCUGCAUUUGUCCUGGUCAGCGACAAAGGCACGACCGAUCGCGCCCUGCGCGAUGUCUGCCGGCAGUGGCUGCCCCGGUUCAUGGUGCCCGGCGAAUUUAUCCUGGUUGAUCAAUUCCCCCAGCUUCCCUCCGGGAAGAUCGAUCGCAAGGCGCUCGAAGCGGAAUUCGUGCGCCAUCGCAGCACAGCCCAGUCUGUUGAGCAGCAGCCGUACCGGGAUAAGACCGAGGAAACAAUCGCUUCGUGCGUGGCCGAUGUGCUCGGCAGACAGCUUUCGCCGGCGGAGAGUCUGAGCGCUGCUGGACUUGACUCCUUGGCUGUGAUCCGGCUUGCCUCUCACCUCCUGGAUGCUGGGUUUCCUCUGGAUGUGGCCCACCUGCUGGAGGCCGAUUCCGUGGACGGAAUAUGGAGACUUGCAAAGGAAGCGGAGACGUCGCAGUCAACCGAGGACACACAAGCAGGCCUUCAAAGGAUCCGCCAAUUGGUUGCCGAUGCCGGUGCGGCAAGGUUAGAGUCUCUCGGUUUGAGCGCGCAAGUGGAUACGAUCGAGCCGUGUAGCCAUAUUCAGCAGGCGAUGAUUCUGGAGACGGCCCGACACACCAACGCAUACUGUAAUUGGAUCGAGCUGGAAUUCCACCGUUCAUUCAAUACGUCUGCUGUGCGAGAUGCUUUUGCCACGCUUUUGGAGCAGUAUGAUCUCCUGCGAUCUGGAUUUGUCGAGAUUGGCCUGAAGGACCACUUCUAUGCUCGCUUCACCUAUCACACAGUCGAUAAGAGGAUUUUCCAGAAGCGUGAUGCGUUCGACUAUGACUUCUCCUUGCUCGCGGAACAAGAUCUGCUUCAUCCUCUGCGGUUCCAGUUGAAAGAGACAGAUGAAGGUCUCCGAGUGCUCGUGCAUAUUCAUCACGCGCUGUAUGAUGGGUGGUCAUGGCAACUGAUACUGAAGAGUCUCCAUCGCCACUUGCUGAAAGAGGACCUUCCACCCAAGCCUACGUACGGCGUGGUGGCAGACUUCUUCAUUGAGUACAAGCUGAGCAAAUCUGCCAAUGAAUCUUCCCUCUUCUGGCGCGAUCAACUCCAAGGCUCGUCUCCCGCUCCCUUCCCCAAUUUCCACUGGACGACAGAUGUGUCUUUAGGUACACAGGAGGCUACUCGCGAGCUUCAGAUCUCUGUGUCCAAGCUCACCGAGGUAUCGCAACAUCUGCGGGUCAGCCGGCAGACAAUCUUCCAAGCUGCACUCUGCUACAUCCUCUCCACCUACCUCGGGUCCGGCGACGUCAUCUUCGGUACCGUCUUUUCAGGUCGGACGCUCCCAGUCAAAGGCAUCGAGAGCGUUCUUGGUCCUUGCAUCCGCACGCUCCCCACACGCAUGGAUCUUGACAAGAUGCAAAACGUGACAGACCUUCUUCUGGCAAUCCAAAACAUGAACCGCAAGUCUCUCGAGCACGGCAGCCUUCCGCUCCAAGAUAUCAAGAAGGCUUCUGGAAUCGACUUGCAGUCCAAUCUUUUCGACACGGCCCUUGUAUGGCAGGAAAGCAUCUGGUCGGACGAUGAAUAUUGUGCUAUGUUCAGGGAGGUCGGCACUGCGGAGUUUUUGGAGUUUGCGCUGCUGCUGGAGCUUGAGCCUAGAGAGGAUGGGAUUCGUGCUAAGGCGACCUAUCAGCAGUCGGUUCUGCCUCGGGAGCAGGCAGAGCUUCUCCUGGAACAAGUUGACUAUGUUGCGUCUAUUCUGAUCGAUUCUCCUACCCUUGAAAUUGGCGAUAUAUCAUGUCAACUUCCCCAACAUACGUUGUCACUGGUCAACGCACAAGCCCAGACGCAACGCGACCUACCAGGUCUGGUGUCUCCUAUUGAAAGACUCGCAUCUGCCGAUCCCUCGCGCACAGCUGUUGAGUAUCUGAUAGAGCUAGACUCUAUGACCCCCGCAAUUGAAAGCAUUACCUAUGGCCAAAUGAACUCCCGGGCCAACAUUCUUGCCAAGUAUCUGCUGCAAAUGGGAGUCAAGCAGAACAACCGGGUUGCUGUUUUUCUGGAGACAGCGAUAGACUCGUAUGUCAAGAUCCUUGCCAUCGCCAAGAUAGGCGCGGGCCUUCUGCCUUUGGCGCCCGGGACAUCUUUGCAAACGAUCGGCUCUAUUGUCUCAACAACAGACGUGGAUUUCUGUGUCAUCAAUUCAUCCACACAACUCCCUGAUAUCUCGAUAGCCCUGGGAUCCGUCCAACAAAUUCUUCUUCCUGAUUAUCUUGACGAUCUUCACGACGAUACCCCUCCUGCGAUCAAUGAUGGAUUUCAUAUUAUUUGCGCCGAGAUCGCUUCGGCCGAGCAUAUUCUCUUUUCGGCCCAGAACUUGAAUAGCUAUAUAAGCGUGCUUUCAGAGACAUACAACGCCCCGGUAGGGUCCAAGCUGCUUCAAGCAUCUUUAGUUCAAUCCCCUGACUCAAUCCUUGGAGCCCUCUUUGCCUGGCAUGCUGGUAUGACGUUGUGCGUGACACCAGAUGAGCUCCUGGCCACCCAUGCGCAGCAGGUCGUCAAUGCCCUGAGCAUCACACAUCUUCACUUGACUCCUAACCUGGCAUCUCGCUUGGACCCACAACAAGUCCCAAGUGUGCGAUACUUGCGUACUUCGGGUGAGCCCUUGACGGCGAAGGUGCAUCGCGAUUGGGCUGGGAGAAACUCCUGUCACGGUUAUAACACUCGCGGCUUGGCUGGUAUCUGCACCGCAUCGCCUGACAUCCAAAUCUCAAGCAUAGCCACAAACGUUGGGGCGCCACUGAAAAACACAUCCGCUAUGGUCAUUGCCGACAAGUCCGAGUUUAAAUUGCUGCCACGUGGUGCAGUUGGAAGAUUGUGCUUUGGUGGAGACCAAGUGGGAUUGUCUCGUGCGGAAAGCUUUUUUGAACAACCGCAGUUCGGCCGGCUUUAUCGAACAGAUGACUUCGGCAGAAUCCUCCCGGAUGGAAGUAUUGAGUGCCUUGGGCAGCAUGCUGCUAUCGCCGAGAUUGAUCUUGCCCUCAUCUCAUCUCAGCUCGUUCAAGAUUCCGUGAGCCUUUUCGUGAACAGCCCAGUUACUAACCAGCAGCAAUUGGUCACUGUUUGGGUUCCCUCGCAUGAGGCUCGGACAUCAGCACACGGUGAACACCUCGACAUAAUAACCAAGGACCUGCUGAAAGAACUGGCUUCGAUACUUUCUUCCUCUACAGUCCCUGGACUUCUUAUCCCAAUGACCGAAAUCCCAAUGAGUGAUUCAUUCAUGACUGACUAUGCAAAAAUACAGCGAGAAAUCGAGCAAAUGCAUCCAGAGCAUCUCAAAUCAUUCUCCAUCGCUCUCAGUGAUGAACACACUGACAAUUUCACCGAUUUCGAAAAGACAAUUGCCGCUGCUCUUUCCGUAGUCGUCAAUGUUGACCAGCAGAAUAUUGGAAAACACACGUCGUUCUAUAAGCUAGGAUUGGACUCAUUGUCUGCCAUUUCCUUCUCACGAAAGCUCCAGGAUUCAGGAUUUGCUAGGCUUGCGGUGUCUACAAUCCUGCGCUAUAGCUCGGUCGCUCAGCUGGCGGCUGUUGCCUCCCUAAUGACCAAUAGUCACCAGUCUCGACAGCCGGCUUCACAAGAAAAACUCUCCUCGGUUUUUGAUGAGAGUUUCCUCCUCGAAGUCAAGAAGGAUCUGAAUGCGCAGGGCGCAUCUAUUCAGGGUGUCUACCCUUGUACACCCUUACAGGAAGCAAUGCUCGCCGAAUCUGACUUUGAUUCCGCCUAUUUCAAUCAUUUGUUUCUUCAGGUGCACACGAACCUUGAGACGCUGAAGGAGUCAUGGACCCAAAUGUUGAAAAGACAUGGCAUCCUCAGGACCUGCUUCAGACAAACUACCGAUAAGCGAUUUGCAUAUGCCCAAGUGGUACUGGACAGUGCGAUUCUGCCCUGGGCCCAGGUUGAAACCUCAUCUGAUAAGUUAAAACAAGAUGUUGAGAGAUGGAAAUCGGAAUUCGAGCAUCAAUCCCCGGUCAAUGACAAGUUUCCUUACUCCUUGACGGUGUUUGAAAACUCUGCCGCGCAUAGCACGCAUCUCUUGUUAUCAAUUCAUCAUGCACUGUACGAUGGAGAAGGUAUUGCACAACUGUUACACGAGGUUCAACUUUCUCUUGCAGGCAAGGAACUUCCCGACACUACACCUUUCAAUCGCUUUAUUGAGUGUAUGAUUUCCGUCGACUCUGACGCGGCCGAUCAAUUCUGGAACCGAUAUCUAUCGGGCGUCUCGCCGACUCUGCUGUCUGCUUCCAAGGAGAUCAAUGGGUUUGACGAUCAGACUUCUUCGCAUCAGAUCCACGUGAAGCUUAAUCCUCCUCUCGCCUCAUUCAAACAACAAUGCAAGGAUCUUUCCGUAACGCCGCUGAAUGUCUUCCAUGCCGCAUGGGCGAGGCUACUUGCCUUGUACUCCGAUACAUCCGAUGUUUGCUUCGGCAAUGUGUUCAGCUGCCGAACAGUCCCACUGGAAGGAGCCGACCGAAUUGUCGGCCCCUGUUUCAACACCCUUCCAAUGCGGGUCAAGCUCUCUUCCACUUCGACAAACAGAGAUAUCAUGAGGAUGUCCCAAAGGCACAACAAUGAUAUACUGCCUCACCAGCUUAGUGCACUCCGUCGAAUCCAGAGACAGACUCUUCAAGGGGGCUCUCAACUCUUUGAUACAUUGGUCGUUCUCCAGACUAGAAACACUGAGCUUGACCCUCAGUAUUGGGAAAUUCUUUCCGAUGAAGGAAACAUGGGUUUACCUCUUAUCUGCGAGAUUGUUCCCAAUGAGAUGCAGAACACUGUUCAUGUCUGUCUCCACUUCCAAACAUCACAUAUUGACUGUGAUGCGGCAACAAGACUUGCGCGGGAUUUUGUGGUGCUCGUCGAGCAUAUGACUCAGUAUCCUUCAGCUCAAGCUUCUGACAAGCGGGUGAUUGGGGCCAAUAUUCCCGUCAUUUUUGAGAAAAAGAAAGCCGAGAGCCCCAGUAUCAAUGGGAGGGUUUCAACAAAGGGACCUGAAUUCCGAGUCUGGUCCUAUCAGGAAGAAACUCUCCGGGAAAUUCUGUGCAAGUUUUCAGGAGUUGAGCCAGAGGCUGUUUCAUUGCACACAACCAUUUUUCAACUUGGUCUGGAUAGUAUCAACGCGGUCCAAAUAUCUGGAAGGCUGCGAAGGCUGGGAUACAGGAUAUCCGCGGGUGAUAUUCUCGAGGCCGCCUCUAUUGACAAGAUUGCUGGCCUCCUCGAGACAAGCGAGAACGGGACCAAAGAGGACGAGUACAACUUCUCUGCUUUCGAAAAUCAACAUUUGCAGCCUGUCUGCGAGUACUUCGGUAUCUCUCCACAAUCGGUGCAGUCUUUGCGGCCUUGUACCCCCGUUCAAAAUGGCAUGUUGGCAUCAUUUACCCACUCACAUGGAAAUAUGUACUUCAACCGAAUGGCCUUGAAGCCUUCCACGCCUUUGGAUAGGGGCCUGCUUAUGGAAGCUUGGUCGAGGGUCAUGGCCCAGCAUGAGAUGUUACGAACUGGCUUUGUUCAGCUGAAUGAUCAGCAAUAUCCCUUUGCUAUGAUCACCUAUCAAGCUGGUAUCAGUGUUCCAUGGCAGGAAUCAUCCCGCCUAGAUACCACUUCUCAAGAAACCUUUGUUGAACGCCUGCACCAACCUCCUUGGAACAUUGCCAUUGAGCCUGGCGAUACGGUCACCACGAUGCAUUUCUCUGCCCUCCAUGCACUCUAUGAUGCACAGUCCUUAGAAUCAAUAUUCGCGGAUGUCAUGGCAGCCUACGAAGGAAGAGCUCUUGCCCAGCCUUCCUCGAUUCCGGAAACCCUUGGGCCCAUCUUGAUCGAGAGCAAAAAACAAACCGAAAGGUCCCAAGGAUUUUGGGAAGAAUUCGCCGCAGAUAUUCAUUCCACCAAAUUCCCGGACUUGCAUCCCACUCGCAUUGAUAAGAAAGAACUCCUCACUAGCUCGAUUCGCUGCUCCCGGUCUCUCAGAGCCCUUGAGGAUGGCUGUCGCGAUGUAGGAGUCACGCUUCAGGCUGCGGGACAAGCAGCAUGGGCUCGCUUGCUUGCCGCGUAUACUGGAGAACAUAGCGUCGUUUUUGGAACUGUUCUCUCGGGUCGCAAUUUAUCUGCAGCUGCGCAGGAAGCUGUUUUCCCUUGUCUGGUUACAGUACCAUCGUCUUCACGCAUUGAAGGACCUAAUCGUGAGCUUUUACACUGCACUUUGAAGCGAAAUGCGUCCCUUGUAAAGAAUCAGUUCACUCCAUUGGCGCAGAUUCAAAGGUGGCUUGGCAGUGACGAGCCGCUUUUUGAUACUUUGUUCGUUUAUCAAAAGUUUACGACAGUAUCUGGUCGCUCUUGUGGCUGGGAAGUCGUCGAUGAGGAGACCAAAAUUGAUUACCCUGUCUCUAUUGAGCUGGUUCCGCAUUCGACCGAGCUAGAAAUCCGAAUCAGUUACAGGGGUGACCUUAUUCCGGAAGAGCAAGGCGCUGUUCUUUUAAAACAGUACAGCAGGUUGCUGGAGCACACUAUCUUCUCACCAGAUUCCAGCUCGGACGAUUACCUUUCCCUCGGCAACCAGUUCCUCUCAGUCACACCCGCCAAGGAGAGAGUGAUUCCCACUUCAGUAUCUCUGCUCCAUCAAUUUGUCGAAGAGAGCGCUCAAAAGGUUCCAGAGAAAACUGCCUUCGAGUUUGCAUUCGGGCCCAACGCAGAUAAGCUGCAAAAGGAAACUUGGUCCUACCGGGAACUUAACGAGGACGGCAAUCGAGUCGCCCAUUUCCUGCAAGACAGGGGGGUCACUCCCGGCGGAAUGAUUGCCAUCUGUUUUGACAAGUGUCCUGAAGCUUCUCUCGCAAUUCUGGGAGUCCUGAAGGCUGGCUGUGCCUAUCUGGCCAUUGAUCCCUCUGCUCCCAUUUCGCGAAAGCAGUUCAUCAUGGAAGACUCCUCGACCACGCUCCUUCUUUGCAAUCACUCACACAAGGCGGAGCUAGAGAGACUCUCUGGUAUUGACAUCCAGGCGCUAGAUGAGCCUGGCAAAUAUCAGGACUUUCCUCCCGCGCAACCACUCUUGACUCGUGAUAUACAGCCUGAUGAUACAUGCUACUGCUUGUAUACCUCUGGCACAACAGGGACACCCAAGGGCUGUGAGAUCACACAUGAAAAUGCUGUGCAAGCCAUGCUUGCCUUCCAAAGACUCUUUUCGCCCCAUUGGAACGAGGACUCUCGAUGGCUGCAGUUUGCGUCAUUUCACUUCGACGUCAGUGUACUAGAGCAAUAUUGGAGCUGGAGUGUCGGGAUUUGCGUGACCUCAUGUCCUCGCGACCUGCUGUUCGAAGACUUACCUGGGACAAUCCAGAAGCUUGAAAUCACCCACAUCGAUCUCACACCUAGCUUGGCAAGACUGGUGCACCCUGACGAGGUGCCAUCGCUGUGUCGAGGGGUCUUCAUUACCGGUGGUGAGCAGCUGAAACAAGAAAUCCUCGAUGCGUGGGGACAGCAUGGAGUUAUCUACAACGGAUAUGGUCCGACCGAGGUUACCAUUGGAUGCACAAUGCUCCCACGAAUGCGCGCGAAUGACAAACCUUCCAACAUCGGGCCACAGUUUGACAAUGUGGGCUCAUAUGUCUUCCGACCUGGCACUUCGACGCCAGUUUUGCGCGGUGGCCUCGGUGAGCUUUGCGUAUCGGGACCUCUUGUCGGAAAGGGCUACUUGAACCGAGCACAACUCACAAAGGAACGAUUCCAGACUCUACCAGAAUAUGGAGACCGCGUCUACAGAACAGGCGACUUGGUUAGAAUCUUGCACGACGGUAGCUUCCAAUUCCUCGGCCGGAUCGAUGACCAAGUGAAGCUCCGCGGUCAGCGACUUGAGAUCGGUGAAAUCAACCAAGUUAUCAAGCAGGCGAGCUCUGAGCUCAACGAAGUGGCUACGCUAGUCAUCAAACACCCAAAACAAUCCAAAGACCAGCUAGUUUCCUUCGUCACCAGAAUUGAUGCAGACAAGAAACCCCGCAAUGUCGAAGUGCGCUUCUCUGAAACUGACCGGGUGUUGCUGUCAACGGUCAAGGAUGCCUGUCACACACAUCUUCCUGGAUACAUGGUACCAACACAUAUAGUCCCGAUGACUCAGUUCCCUCUGUCUGCCAACAACAAGGCUGAGAUGAAGGUCUUGAGAAGCAUUUACCAGGAUCUUUCUUUGGAUGAUCUGCAGAAACUAAGUUCAAUGGCUGUCGAACAAGCAGUGAAAAGUGCGCAGGAGGAGGAAAUCAUUUCAGUUUUGUCCAAGUUUAUUGGGUCUCCAGACUCGGCCAUUUCGUUAUGGUCGAGCAUCUUCGAGUUGGGUCUUGACUCUAUCUCGGUGAUAUCAUUUGCCAGAAGUCUGAGGGAGGCGGGUUUCCCUGAAGCUCAUCCAUCGCUCAUAAUGAAGCAUCCGACUGUCACAGGAAUGGCGUCAGCUCUACAGACAUCUUCAGCGCCCUCGACCUCUCAGAGCGAUCUCCACAGAAAGGCAAAGCAAAAUAUCGAGGCAUUUGCUCACAAGCAUUCUCAUUCUGUUAUCGAAAGUAUCGGGGUUGUCGACAGUGAUGUCGAGCAAAUUGCACCUUGCACGCCGCUCCAGGAAGGUAUCAUUUAUCAUUUCCUGUCUAGCAGCACACCACUUUAUUGCUCGUCUUUCGCGUUCUCAUUACACUCCUCAACCAACAUUGAAAGGCUGCAAAACGCUUGGAGCCAGGCACAACGCCAGGUACAGAUGCUUCGAGCUCGCUUCUCGCCUUCUCCUGAUGGCUACGCUCAACAGGUCCAAGCAUGGAUAUCCGGCCUUGAAGGACUUUCGACACGGUUGUGGGAGGUUGGCGUCAUUCACUCUCCUGAGAGGUCGGUGCUGUGUCUCAAUAUUUUCCAUGCUCUUUAUGAUGGGAACAGCCUGGCUCUUCUUCUUGACCUGGUUGCCCAGAUAUAUCUCAAGCGGCAUGAGGAUCUGGAACAUCCUCCUGAGUUUCUGGAUGUGUUGCAUCUGGGGCCUCUUUGUAAAGCUCCGUUGGAGGAAGCAUUCUGGAAAGAACACCUGACAGAAAGUCAGCCCAGAGUCCUAGCAGAUUCCAACCACGCCAACGGCCUCACCGACUCACUUGUCCAAAAGAUUCAAAUCGAUUCCACGGAGGAUUUGGACCACCUGAGGAAGUCUCUCAACAUUACCGAGCAGGCUAUCCUCCAUGCCAGCUGGCUAUUGACCCUUCACCAACACUACGGAUUCCUUUCACCGAUUGGCAUCAUUGCAUCUGGACGUUCAAUUGACGUGCCAGGAAUCGCCAAUGUUAUCGGUCCUUUGUUCAACACCAUCCCCAGCAACGUGCAGCUUCGCGGGCUCAAGACAUGGUCUGAAGUCGCUCAGCGAUGCCAUGAAUUCCACGUUUCCACAAUUCCCUUCCAAUAUACCGCAUUGCGAGACAUAGUGAAGUGGCUGGGGAAGAGUCCAGAUGAGCGUCUCUUUGACUCACUAUUCGUAUUCCAGAGAGAAAAUGCCGAUAUCGAGACGUCUACCAGCAAAUUGUGGCAACCAACGGACUCGGAAGCGCAACAUGAGUACCCUUUGGCUUUCGAAAUCGUGCGCCACAGUAAUGAAUCUCUUACCCUGACAAUCGCGGCAAAGGGCCAUGUUCUAUCUUUAGAAGCGGCGCAGCAGCUCCUGGUUAAAUUUCAACAGGUUUUGUCUGACUUCUCUCAGAACCCAAGUCGCAAGCUGCCUUAUAUCAAUGGUGUUGCGGGAGAGGAUUAUGCUCACACAAACGGCGAGCUAACCAAGCCAAACGAGCUAGAUGGCCUGGAAGAUACCACCCACAAAGCCUCAUUCCACUGGACCAGUCAAGCCUGCACCAUUCGAGACGUCAUUGCAACCCUGGCCGGGGUAGAUGUGCUAUCAGUCGGUGAAGAGACAUCGAUUUUUGAAGUCGGUCUUGACAGCAUCGAUGCUAUCAAACUGUCCUCGCGCUUGAGCAAGUUGGGCAUCAAGCUUCCUGUGAGCGCCAUCAUGCGCUACCGCAAUGUGAAGGCCAUGACUAGCCAGCUUGCAGAGAUAGUCCACGACGAGCAAAACGAAAUAUUCCCCCAGUUGGGCCAAAUGGAAGAGGCAUUGACAACAUUCUUGCAACUUGAAGGACUUAUGCCUGAGGGCGCAUGCCGAGUUCUUCCUGCAACGCCAAUUCAAGAGGGAAUGGUUGCUGAGAUGGUGGCAUCUGAGUACCGGCACUACUACAAUCAUGAGGUUUUAGAGCUCGAGCCUCAUGUGGAUCCUACGAGUCUUCAGGAAGCAUGGAGAGCCGUUGCCAAAGCCCAUCCCAUCCUCCGCACGUCCUUUGUUGAGGUUUGGGAUCCAGAGAUCUCGGUAUCUUAUGCCCAGAUUGUUCACGAUGAGAAUACAUUCGAUUUCCGGACUGUGCAUCUGAAUGGAAAUUCUCUGGAUUCAGUUAUUGAGUCGCAACGCAUAAGAGCGGCCUCUGAACUCACCAAUCGCCCUCUUCUGAGCUUGACCAUGGCCGUUGAUCAAGAUGCUCGUUAUCUUGUUCUCUCAAUUUCCCAUGCUCUCUACGACGGCUGGUCGAUUAACCUGCUCCAUGAAGAUGUUGCAAAAUCGUACACUGGUGAAAACUGUACCCGUCCUCCAGCUGAUGACAUCCUGGAGCAAAUCAUCGCAUCAUCGGGUGAUCGUGCUCUUAGAUUCUGGAGGGCGAGCUUGUCAAACUGCAAACCUGUAUCUUUCCCACCAGGGGAGCAUUCCGAGGCCGUUUCAAAGGUAGUUCAUCGCGCAGAAAAACCGCUUUCUGUAUCUUUUGACAAGGCGGAGGCCUACUGCAAGCGCCAUGGUUUUACGAUGCAAGCACUUUUGGUCAGCUGUUGGUCCCUUGUUCUCGCGACCUACGUCAAAAAUCUGGACGUUAUCUUUGGACUUGUUCUUUCGGGCCGCAAUGUGGCUGAGUCGGAGAAUGCGAUGUUCCCAACGAUGAACACAGUGGCCAUGCGGGCAAUCCUCCACGGGACUCGACUGGAAAUGGUGAAAUAUGUUCAGGAGACUUUGUUGGAGAUGUCUGAACACCAGCAUUUCCCAUUGCGACGAGCGAGACCCGACACAGGAUCGCGGCAACUAUUCGAUACGCUCUUCAUAUACCAGAAGAGACCGGCUGGAUCCCAGUCUGUGUGGCCUGUCCUGUAUAGGUCCACUGGAGGAGUCUCAGAUGUGGAAUACCCGGUCUGCGCUGAGGUUGAAGGUAGUGGAAAGGACCUGGUGGGCCGGGUGGCUUGUCGAGGUAGUGUCCUUGGGGAGAAAGAUACUUUUGCACUUCUGGAGCACAUGUCACAUGUGUUUUUGUCAAUCGUUGACGAACCCGAUCGGCAGACUGUCGAUUUCACUGGCAACUCCAUGGAAAUCUGCGGGUAUCUGAUCGCUCCUGAUUCUUCGGGAGAUGCUGAUGGAUCCUCGUUGCCCCAGACCCAAGCGCCUGAUCAAAGAGAAUGGACACCUAUCGAGUCUAAGAUUCGCAAUGUCCUUUCAAAUGUGUCUGGCGUUCCUGAGGAUUCCAUUGGCAAGGAAGCCAAUAUCUUCCAGCUUGGUUUGGACAGUAUCAGCGCCAUCAAGGUUGCUGCACUUCUGAAGAAGCAAGAUGUCAAACUUGUGGUCAGCGAUAUGCUAAGAGCCGGUACGAUCGAAAAGAUGGCUCAAGCAGUGAACAAGAACAAUAAGGAACUCACUUUAACGGGCAUUGUCAAUGCUCUGAACGAAUCGCUCAACGCCGUUGACGUUGAUUCGUUGCUUCAGUCCUAUGGGAUUGAUCCGCAGCACACCCAGAGAACAAUACCCGCCACUGCCGGACAGACGUACUUCCUUGCCAUGCACACCUUGAAUCCCGACGUGUUUUAUCCGAAGUUCUAUUACUUGGCGUCAGCACAUUUCAACCCGGGUGUCCUUAAUAGAGCCUGGUCUCAUCUGAUAGAGGAAAUGCCCAUCCUCCGAACGGUUUUCCUCCCCACUGGCAACCCAAAACUUCCAUACGUCCAAGCCGCUCUCGAUUCGGUGCACAACCCUCCCACCUGGCACGAUGAACUCGAUCAUGCUGUCAGCAUCAGAAGUGACUUUGGGUCUACACCGGUUGCACUGCAUGUCUGUCGGACAUCCCAGGGAAACGCGCUUAUGUUGCACCUCCACCACGCACUCUAUGAUGCUGUCAGUCUUCCAUUGAUGAUGGACAGGCUUGCACAGCUGUGCAGUCAGCCCACGUCUGAAUCUGCAUCCAUUUCGCACGACCUUUCCCGCCUCGUGGCAUUCCAGCACUUUUACUCUCCUGUUGAUGUUCGGCGGCAAUUCUGGCAAACCUAUCUGGGCCAAAUCUCAACCGAGGGCACCGGAGAAGAGCGAGUGGGUGAUUGGGGUGCCAUCAAGCAUGAUUACCGGCCAGGGCUGGUUUCAAACGUGUCUCGAGUUGAGAUAGCCGCCAAACGCCAGGGGCUCAGCAUCCAAUCGAUCUUCCUGGCCGUAUAUGCUCGCGUACAUGCCCAGAUAUUCGCUGCGACGGGGACCGACAGCCAAACGAUGAAGCGACAGCUCGUGGUUGGCUUAUAUCUUGCCAAUCGGUCGAACGGUAUGGAAGGUCUUUCUGAACUGGUUGCUCCCACCGUCAAUAUUGUUCCACUCCGGUUGGAUGACAAGCUCAGCAAUGAUCAUGUUUCCCUUUUCACGGCUGCUCAUAAGAUCCAAGAGGAUAUAAACGAAAUCAGCUUGGUGGAACAUGCAAGUGUCUCUCUAGCAGAGAUUGCCGAAUGGACUGGGGUGCGAAUCAGUACCUGCGUCAACUUCCUGCGACUGCCGGAGCGAGAAUCAUCCAACAAUUAUGCGAGUGAUCGAGUGAUGUUCCACCCAAUCUCGCACGAUGAGCUGGUACCUCUCCGGUUAUCCAGCUCGAGUGCUCAUCCGCUCGCCCCGCCCCAGACCAAUGGUGACCCAGCCUUGUCCGUUUCAGUCCAAGCGACCGGGCCCGCCGCUUCAAUGGCGGCUAUGAACGAAGUUUUUCGGCCUACGAUCGACGUGGAGGCAGCCAUCCGAGAGGGCCGGCUGGACUUUGGCCUUUUCGCCCCUGAUACUCGCCUCGACCGCCCCACCGCCGAGAAGGUAAUAGAGGCAAUAAGGCAAGAAAUGGUGGCUUUAGUUGCAACCCCAGCAUUUACAUAG